AUGCGUCUUAGCCGAGUAGUUUUCAAACUUUCAAAACAAUUUGAACAAUAUGCUCGAUUUCAACCUACACCAGUGACACUUAAAAGUCUCAUUGAUUUUGCGGUUGACGGUGAUAUAAAAGACUCCUAUAAAUUUUUACGUGUUGAAUUACUUGUUCGAUGGUCUCAUAUGCGGAAAGAAAUGAAUUAUAUACCGACAAGAUUACUUGAAACGCCAAGUUUUCAAUUAAUAAAUAAAUCAUAUGAUCAAAGUUUUUCAGAAGUUCUAGCAUUUAAUAAUAUUGAACCAAAUCCAACAGCACUUCGCAAUUUUACAGAAACAUUAGUUGGUAUUCGACGACGUCAUGCGGAUAUUAUUCCAAUUUUUGCUCGAGCUUAUAUGGAAAUGGAUAAAGCGGGUCCUAUUGAUUUAAUAGAAAAAAACCAUUUACAAUAUUUCUAUGACCGAAUUUUCAUGAAUCGUAUCGGAAUAAGAACAUUAAUUUAUCAACAUACUCUGCUGUUUGGUAAUGAGUUUCCUCAACAUCCACAACAAGCGGGUAUUAUUGACCCUUACUGUGACGUAGUUCGUAUUGUUCAAGACGCAUAUGCUACGGCAAAACAUUUAUUCGAACGAGCAUCAUAUCGGAUUCCUGCCCUUGAAAUCACAUCUCACAAUGAAUGUGAUAACGAAAACAGUCAUGUCACUAUUGUCUAUAUUCCAGCGCAUCUUUAUCACAUUGCAUUUGAACUAUUGAAAAAUUCACUUCGUGCAACUGUUGAACGCUAUGGUUUAGAUGCAAAAGAAUAUCCACCUGUACGUGUUCAUAUUGUCAAAGGCCAUGAAGAUGUAACAAUAGCAAUAGCUGAUCGUGGUGGUGGUGUACCACGUUCAAAAUUAUCACAACUAUUUCAUUAUAUGUAUUCAACUGCACCAAAGCCACAAACUGAUUCCAAUAAUGUCGCGAAAGGAACGCCCAUCGCUGGCUUUGGUUAUGGUUUACCGAUAGCUCGUCUCUAUGCAAAAUAUUUUCAAGGAAAUCUAUCUCUAGCAUCUGUUGAAGGUAUGGGCACUUGGGCAUAUGUUUCAAUCAAAGCGGAACCUGCAAAUGCUAGCGAACAUUUACCCAUAUCUAGCAAAAUGCGAUAUUCGUAUACAACAAAAAAAGGUUCUGAUUGGACAUAG